UUUGAAUUUGAACUGCUCUUAUAGUAGCCUGCGCUCACGAGCCCACACAGCGCAGUAAAGCAGCUGCAGGUAUAUCGGUGAGACUCGCUCACAGCAAAGGGAUACACUGUUCACCAUCUACAGGACGGACAGCGCCAUUUAUGCUGAGACUUUACACCCUGCUGAAGGACAGUCAAAAAAGGAGUUACAAAAGGAUUACCUACUGCUUCUACUGCACCUCAAGAAUGAUGUCCUCGUGAUGCCCUCGUGGAAGUGCAUUCCAGAGGCCCACCUUGGCAGUUAGAGGAGAGGUUGGCCUCAGUCACCAUGAGAGCGUUGCCACGGAACCUAGUUUCCCUGGCUGUGUCUGGCCUUUUCCUCUGUCUGCUCUCUUUUGGCAUCCCUGCUGUCUUCUCCCAAAAGCCCACAGCUCCUACCGAGCCCAGCCCAAGCUUUCAACCACAGAGCAGGCCAGAGUGUACCCACCAAAAACACCCUAUUAUCUCUAUUCAAGCAUUAAGCCCUUGGAUUUCCACUUUCUCCCACCCUGGUGUACGAGAUUACUCCCAACUCACUCUUGAUCUGACCAGGAAUGAGCUGAUAGUAGGAGCAAGAAACUACCUCUUUCGACUGAGCUUAAGCAAUGUUUCACUUAUACAGGCAACAGAAUGGGGCCCAGACGAAGACACCAGGAGGUCCUGUCAAAGCAAAGGGAAGACGGAGGUGGAGUGUCAGAAUUACAUUCGAGUACUUCUGGUUAACAAGACAGAGGUGAUGACAUGUGGCACUAACGCUUUCCAGCCUCUGUGCAUCACCAGAGAAGUGGGGAAUAUGAGCAGGAUAUUGGAACGGGUGAAUGGCGUGGCACGCUGCCCUUAUGACCCUCGCCAUAACUCUACGGCAGUUGUGACAGACAGCGGAGAGCUUUACGCUGCCACAGUCAUCGACUUCUCUGGCCGGGACCCAGUCAUAUACCGCAGCCUGGGAAACAUGCCUCCUCUGAGGACCGCCCAGUACAACUCCAAAUGGCUCAACGAGCCUCAGUUCAUCUCAGCCUAUGAUAUUGGACUCUUCACCUUCUUCUUCCUGAGGGAGAAUGCAGUAGAGCAUGACUGUGGGAAGACCGUGUACUCUCGUGUGGCACGCGUCUGUAAGAAUGACAUCGGUGGCCGCUUCCUGCUCGAGGAUACAUGGACCACUUUCACCAAAGCUCGACUGAACUGCUCCCGCUCUGGAGAGAUCCCCUUCUACUACAACGAACUCCAGAGCACUUUCUACCUACCUGAGCAGGAUCUCAUCUACGGCAUAUUUACUACCAAUGUGAACAGUAUAGCCGCAUCAGCAGUUUGUGCGUACAACCUUAGUGCCAUCACACGUGCGUUUAAUGGGCCGUUCCGCUCCCAGGAGAACCCACGAUCCACCUGGCUGCCAACUCUUAACCCUAUCCCCAACUUCCAGUGUGGUACCAUCGAGGAUGAGGGGCCUAACGAGGGCCUAACAGAACGCAGCCUGCAGGAUGCCCAGCGACUCUACCUCAUGAAUGACGUGGUACAGCCUGUAUCUGUCAACCCGCUGGUGUGGCAGGAUAAUGUACGCUUCUCCAAGCUAGUGGUGGACAUUGUGCAAGGCCAGGACACCCUACACCACGUCAUGUACAUUGGCACAGAAUAUGGGACCAUUCUGAAGGCUCUGGCAACCACCAAUAAGAGUCUACAAGGCUGUUAUUUGGAGGAGAUGCAGCUCCACCCACCCGGUGUAAAGGAGCCAAUACUGAGUCUCCAGAUUCUCCAUGGUGACAGGACUCUCUUUGUGGGUCUGAAUGACAGAGUGCUAAAAAUUCCCCUGGCUCGAUGCUCCAGCUAUAAAACAGAACAGAUGUGUUUGGGUGCCAGAGACCCAUAUUGUGGUUGGGACAGAAAGCAGAAACGCUGCACCACAAUUGAGGAUAGCUCUAACAUGAGCCAGUGGUUUCAGAACAUCACCGCAUGCCCACUGUGGAACCAAACCAUAGAUGGUGCCUAUGGGCCCUGGACUCCAUGGCAGCCUUGCAGCCACGAUGACGGUGAUGGCACCAGUGCUUGUCUUUGUCGUUCUAGGGGAUGUGACAGUCCUCCUCCCCUGUGUGGGGGAAAAAUGUGUGAGGGUCCUACCAUUGAAGUGGCCAAUUGCUCAAGGAAUGGUGGCUGGACUCCCUGGUCAUCAUGGGGUCAGUGCAGCACCAGCUGCGAGAUUGGCUUCGAGGUGCGUCAGAGAUCCUGUAACAACCCCUCACCCAGACACGGUGGCCGGGUGUGUGUGGGCCAAGCCAGAGAGCAGAGAUUUUGCAAUGAGAAGGUUUCCUGCCCUCAGCCUGUUUUCUGGUCAUCGUGGUCACCCUGGUCUAAGUGCAGUGCUGAGUGUGGGGGAGGAGUGCACUCUCGCUCCAGGAACUGUGAGAAUGGAAACAGCUGUCCAGGCUGCGCACUGGAAUACCAGGCCUGUAAUCUGGAGUCGUGUCCUGAGGUGAGGCGAAACACUCCUUGGACGCCAUGGGUGCCAGUAAACAUAACCCAAGGCGGUGCACGCCAGGAGCAGAGGGUGCGCUACAUUUGCCGGGCACAACUGGCAGAUCCGCAUGAACUCCAGCUGGGUAAAAGGAAGGUGGAGACGCGCUUCUGUCCCAACGAUGGCACCGUCUCCUGUGACACAGACUCUCUUGUGGAUGAGCUGCUCAGGACUCCUGGGGUGAGACUCACAGGCUCAAGCUGGUCAUUAUGGGAGUCAUGGACGACGUGCAGUCAGGAGUGUGCUAAAGGCUAUCGCUCCCGAAAACGCAGCUGCACAGGCAUGGACGGCAAGAAUUCCCCCAAUACCUGCAGAGGAUCUCCUGUAGAGUAUCAGGACUGCAAUCCUCAGCCAUGUCCUGUGAAAGGUGCCUGGUCUUGCUGGUCGUCAUGGUCACAGUGUACGGUGCCCUGCGGUGGCGGGCACUACCAGCGGACGCGCACAUGCACAAGCCCCGCGCCCGCCCACGGAGGGGACAUCUGCAUCGGGCUGCAUACAGAGGAGGCUCUGUGCAACACACACACCUGCCAGGGUGGCUGGAUGGCCUGGACAUUGUGGUCUGCGUGUGAUGAUCUAGGCCUGCAGUCACGUACUCGGGUGUGUGGGAAUCAGGGUUCUCCUUGUGUAGGGAACAGCACCCAGUACAGAGACUGCAAUGAGAUACCCGUGAUUUUACCUGCAUCUGGCUAUGAUAAAGACCAGCAGUGUGGGGGGUUCACUCUGUUGCAUCUGAUAGCGACAGGUGUGUCAUGUUUCCUGGGAGCAGGACUGUUGUCAUUCCUAGUGUAUGUCUACUGUCAACGCUUCCACAAACCCUCACAGGAGUCUGCUGUGAUCCACCCUACUACCCCUAACCACCUCAGCUACAAGGGCAACACCACGCCAAAGAAUGAGAAAUACACACCCAUGGAAUUCAAGACACUAAACAAGAACAACCUGCUGCCAGAUGAAAGAACCAACUUCUUCCCUUCACAAAUCCAGCAGACGAAUGUCUACACCACCACCUAUUACCCAACACCGCUGGGAAAAUAUGACUAUCGACCAGACUCCUCCCCCUCACCCUGCAGAACCUACAACCCCAGCUGAGACACAUCUCCCACCCCUUAGCUAUAUUGCCAUGGUGAUGGGGAAUACUGACAGUCCGGAGCUUUUUCGUAAACUCUUACCAUAUGCUCCAUCCAUGCGUUCUUGGCACCUGAUGAGCAUUGGUGCUCUUCUGGAUCAUUUCGCAUGACUCUUCACACUCCCACCAUGGAGGAUAUGAGCAUGUCAUAUAAAUCACAGCUAAUUGUGUUUCAGAUGGUAUUCCUUCCUUGGGAAUGUGUACAAUUGUGUAGCUACACUGAUGUCAAUUAUUUAAAUCUUGAGCUCUGUGAAACUCGAGAUAUCUUUAAUCGUUAACUGAAAAGUUUUUCAGGAUAACUGAAUGAGGACCUCUAUUUAAGCUGACUCCACACUUUCAAAUCUAAUAAACCUCUUACAUGAAUUCCAAAAUGGGCAGGUUCAACACUUCACAGUGGCAAAUAUUGCACCACGAAAAGGAGUAAGAAGAAAUAUGGUUAAAGAAAGGAAUGAACAGAACCUGUUAGGUCUGUUGGUAUACAGUUCUCACCAAGCUACAGUUGAAGAAGUAAUGCACGGUAUAUAAGGCAUGCAGCACUGACAUGGACAUGAUAUGAUAUUACAUGGACAACACUGAACCUAACCGGUCCGGAUCAGUAUGACAACGUCUGCAACCAAGCUACGAAAAAAUGCAGAGGAUGAAGUCCAAUAUGCCGCUGUUCAGCAGAGUUUGGAGAAGAAGCAAUAGGACUGUAACUGGUGCCGCUGGGUUUUAACACCACUAUAUGACCCUCCAGUCUCCGCCAUGUUGGACCUUGGAUCUUAUAUAAACACAUACUUCUGAAGUCUAAAUACUUGGUUUGCCUUGACGGUUGUAUCAAAUACGACAAGCUUGGGCAAUAUAUAUAUUUUUUUGUUUUAAUAUGAAACAUUAUAGAAAAAAUUGAUAGCUUGGCACUUUUUUUUUAAAUAUUAUUUUAAAGAGGGAAUUAUUUGACUGUUGUUAAGAAA